AUGCAGGCCAUCAACGAAAACUCGCUGCGCGAGUUUUAUGCGCACGUCUACCCCGUUGAACUAGUCACCCAAUGGCUGUCAUACCGGCUUAACCAGCCACCUCUUAUCCCGGGCACCCCCAUCGUGGCUGUCAAAGUCGAGCGGUCGACGGUGUCUGGGGACGACAGAGGAGAGGGAGUGGACCGGACACUGUGCAUCAAGGCCGACCCAGGUGCUGCUGCGACAGGUGCUUCUGGCGCUGAGGAUGAUAAGGAGUGGCUGGAUGGGAAGGGGGCUGCUGCAGCGGAGGGCUACCUUGCCCGCCGCGAGUUCUGCUUCACCCUCAUCGGCGACAUUUUCACUCGUUUCCGGAGCUACCGAAGUGCCGAGGAGCUGCGCGCCGAGCUGUUGCGCUGCUUCCCAGAGAAGAUCGACGUGGGCGCCGUGUACAACAUUCGCCCCAACCAGAAGCAGGGCCUCGCCAACGUUUUUCCAGUGGAGCGGGAGCUCGUGUUUGAUAUCGACAUGUCAGACUAUGACAACGUGCGGUCGUGCUGCACCGGCAAGAGUGUCUGUGCCUACUGCUGGGCGUGGAUGUCGUGCGCGGCACAUGUGCUCCACACCGUUCUGCGGGACGACUUUGGCUUCAAGUACGUACUGCCCGUCUUCUCGGGUCGACGUGGUAUUCACCUGUGGGUGUGCGACAGGCGGGCCAGGCUAAUGACCAACGACGAGCGAACGGCCUUGGUGGGGUACUUGGCUGUCGUGGCACCCAAGACACUCCGCAGCACCAUCGUAGCCGAUCUUGCAAACCACCGCCUCGUCCACCCAACCAUCCGCCACAUUCUGCGCACGCAGGUUGACCGCGCCUUCACUGGGCUCUUCGUGACGUCCUCAAGCGACAACCCCAACAACAUUCAGCAUCACACCAAGGCGGCCUGUAUCGUCCAUGACGCUACCUUGGCGGUGCUGAAGCUUGGCCGCCGCGAUGCCUUGAACCGGUUCCAGCAGCACCUUCACUUCCAGCAAGGUAGCGUUCUAGACUGGUCAGUUUACCUGCGUGCUCUCGGCUCGGAACAGGAAGCCACUGAUAUCCUGCAUGCCGUGCAGCUUCUUCUCUUGUAUCCACGCCUGGACGAGCACGUUAGUACGCGCCGUGAUCACCUGCUGAAGCUUCCAUUUUGCGUGCAUCCCGGCACGUCCUACUUGUGCUGCCCACUCGAGUGGGAUAAUGUGGACGCGUUUAACCCGACAGAGGACGCGCCGAGACUACAGGAAGUGCUACUGAGUCGAAGCCUGGAUGAGCGCUGGACGCUACCGCUGGUGCGUAUGCUGAAGGAUAUGCGUUCAGACGAGAAUGAGAACUUCUCGUAA